AUGACGCCAGAAGCGUCUAACGAGAAAGCUUAUCGAUUCGAAGAGAUCAGGAGUGGUCGUGUGCUGGUCAGUCGCGACGCACAGUUUAUGGAAGACGUCUUCGACAGUGGAAGACGCGACUACGUUCAAGCCGAAGUAGUUCUAGAAGAUGAAGAAGGUACAACGGAUGAAGACUCAUCGUGUUCCAACAAAGAAGAAGAAGAAAACGUACGGGAUAAAGACAUGAUCUUCGUGGCACUUUACGUCGACGAUUUGGUUGUCGCGAGCAACAAUGACGAGCUGCUCAAGUCAACAAAGAAGGCGCUGGGUGAUCGUUUUGACAUGACGGAUCUGGGAUAUCUCAAGUUUUUUCUCGGUAUGAAAGUUGAUCAAGAUUUCACGGUCGGCACAAUAUCGAUUCGUCAGUCCAAAUUCGCGAAAUAUAUUCUCGAGAAAUUUGGCAUGGAACAUAGCAAUCCAGAUAAGACUCCAAAAGAACCCGGGCUAAAUCUGAAAAGGUCCAUGUGCGAAGGAGGAUGCAAGCACAAAGACACGAUGGCAAAUGUUCCAUACCGCAAUGCUGUUGGAUGCCUGAUGUACCUCAUGGAAGGGACUCGCCCGGAUCUCGCAGCUGCAGUGGGAGUGCUCAGCCAGUUUUCAGCUGACCCUUGUCCGACACAUUGGCAAGUACUUAAGCGCGUGUUCAGGUACGUCCAAGGCACAAAAACCUAUGGGAUUGAAUUCCAAGCCACAAGCAAUGACAAGCUUCAAGGCUACUCAGAUGCAAACUGGGCUAAUGACCUGGAGAAGCAAGAACAGCGUACAGUGGCUCUAUCGUCUACGGAAGCCGAGUACAUGGCGCUGACAGAAGCCACACAAGAAGCAGCAUGGCUUAAGGCAUUUUUGUGUGAGAUUGGUGAAAUGAAGAACGACGAAGCUGCCAAGAUCUAUGAAGAUAACCAAGGUUCCCUUGCUUUGGCCAAGAACCCCGAAUUCCAUAAAAGACGAAACAUAUCGACAUCCGGUAUCACUUCGUGCGCGAGAAGGUAG